AUGGCUGAGAUUCAUGAAAAUGAUAAGAACGACGCGGCGGUUGAUGUGACCCCAACCUCACAGCCACAUCCCACCUUGGAGGAGUAUGAACGGCUCUUCGGCGUCGACGAGGACGCGUAUGAGCAGCCAACCACCACCAGGAAAGAACUUUGGUCCUAUUACCUCUAUUAUAAUGGCGAUAACGGUGUCGGCCCGGGAUCGUACAGUCAAGCUCUCUUCCAGUGGGCCUUGAAUGGCGCCGGACAUCAACCUGGCUCGAAUCCACCUAAAGCCUGCACGGAUUCAUCGGCAUGUGUAGUGCCGUGGGCGGGAGGCACAAGAUCUGUAUCUUCAGUGGUUCUUAUUGCCAACGGCCUUUGCUUCACUUUCAUGACAGUGAUAUUCGUCUGGCUAGGAAGUGCUGCGGACUAUGGAACAUUCGGCCGAUGGCUUCUUCUGGCAUUGACGGUGGUCUGCUGGGCACUGCAGUAUGGUAUGAUGUCUAUCCGGCAUCCAAGCCAGUGGCCAACAGCGAUGGGACUGUACGUUGUCGCAUACGUUGCCUACGGCGCAACGUUAGUAUUUUAUGCUGCUGUAUUCCCCCGUCUGGCGCGGUAUACGCCCCAUGUGCGCAAAGCGAGAGAGGAGGAUCUCAGAGAGGGUAAGAUCGACCAGGAGGAAUAUGAUACUAUUGAAUCACUGGAGAGAAAUCAUAUCAGCAACAUUUCCACUGCACACAGCAACAUUGGAUACCUACUCACGCUCGUGCUUAAUCUGAGCGUUCUACUUCCACUCCAAAACAACAGUUUCUCGAAUAACCUGGCACUCUGUCUUACCAACUCAUAUUGGGUCGUUCUUGGUAUCUGGUGGUUUAUUUUCCAGCAAAAAAGACCAGGUCCGAAGAUACCAAAGGGAUCAAGCUACACCACCAUUGGGUUCAAGCAGAUCUGGCUGGCCAUUCGAGAAAUUAGGUCUCUUCCACAGACAUUUCUGUACUUUUUCGCCUAUUUCCUUCUUGCCGAUGGCCUAAACACGACUGGUACUCUCGUCAGCAUCAUCCAAAACGACUCUGUUUCAUUUUCUUUCCUGCAGAUCACAUAUCUGGGCAUUACCCAAGCUGCCUGCUCAAUCACCUCGACAUUUGGCUUUUGGUACAUCCAACAGCACUUCAAAUUCAAGACGAAGACCAUGUUUUUGUUCACCAAUUUCUUCAGUGUUCUCAUCCCCUUUUGGGGCAUGCUAGGACUGUGGACCAAUCGCAUCGGGUAUCACAAUAAAUGGGAGUUUUACUUCUAUAAUGUCAUCUUCGGGCUUUUCCAGGCUCCAUACUAUGCGUACGCUCAAACGAUGAUCAGCGAGCUGAUGCCACGCGGCUACGAUAACAUGUUCUUCGCGCUUUUUGGAAUAACUAAUCGCGCUUCUUCAAUCAUCGGUCCCAACGUCAUUCAAGCCAUCAUAAACAAUACCCACAACAGCUGGAUGGGCUUCCCAUUUUUGUUUGCCAUCUGUGCCGGGGCAAUGAUCGCUAUCUGCUUUGUAGACAUCAAAAAGGGUCGUGAGGACUGUCGAGAAUUCACCGAGCAGCGCAAGAUAGACCGUGUCGUGGCGGAGAGUGGUCUAGAUCCCAAUGAUAUCCCAAAGGGGAAGCAACCUGCUCAUAACGAAGAUAUCCCCGAGGUGCAAAACGAGCACGCAAACACUUUUGUGAGGGAGUAA